AUGGCUGACGAAUGUGAGGAGACCAAUGACUAUCGAGUACAUGCACCGGAUUUUGGCGAAGCUAAAAAGUUAUGCAAUGGACAAUAUACUUGCCUUAAUGUUCAGCAACGGGUAGAAGAGAUUUUACUCCCGUAUCGCUUUUUAAGUAAUGUUUACGAUGGUAUUACAGCUACAUUGAAAGAGAAGAAUUUAGUUUACUGCCAUCAAUUAGCAGGUGUAGUAUUAGCAUUUGGUAAUGUCCAUUUGUUGCAAGAUCAAGCUAAAGUCGUGGAUGAAUUACCUGUGUUGGUGGUCAAAGUUCAAGUUGAGUAUGUCGUUUUCAAGCCUACCGUAGGCAGUACAUUGAUUGGAGUUGUAACUAGGAUUGGUGCCGAUUAUUUUGGUUUGUUGGUACAUCAAUGUAUUAAUGCCUCUAUUCAUCUUAAAAAGAAAAAGUUGAUCGGCUUGCAACUGCAAGUAGGUAAAAAUGUAGCAUUUUUAGUCAAAACUGUUUAUACUGAAGAUGGACUCUUAUCCAUUGGUGGCAAGCUCCAUCAAAGUCAUAAGACGGGAAGUAUUCCUAAUGAAGGAAAUGUUCGAGAUACUAAGGGAAAGACGACUGAUUCCCCUUCGGAAAUCAUCAUUUCUAAUGGCGGUAAUGACGAUAACAGAAACAACGGCAGUUUAAAGAGAAAGAAGGAUAAGAAAAAAGAUCAAGCUGGAAAGAAAGCUAAAAAGAAAAUGAAGCUUGAUAAGUCUAAGUAA